AUGGACAAGCUCUCCAGCAUCACCCGCUUCAAGGCGGCCUGCCCUUACCUUGGCCGCACCAAGUCCUCCACCAUCCGCACCCUCUACACCGCCGCCUCGCCCCGCUACCCAUCCCUCUCCAAGCUCACCGAGAAGGCAACGCAAUGCCCCGUCAUGGGCCAGGCCCUCACCUCGCGUUCGACGCAGAUGAUCGCUGGGUACGCGAGCCUCGCUGGCUCUGCCGAGUUCAACCAGAUUCCCGAGCACCACAACGUCAUGCCCUCUGCGGCUGACGCUGCCAAGUGCCCGCACGCGUCCAAGGCUAUGGCCGCUGCGCGCAUGGCCGAGGAACUCGCGCAGGCGAAGAAGGGUAAGGCCCCCAACUGCCCUGCUGCCUCCGCCGCGAAGCCCGCGACAGCCGCGCCGGCCGGGUGCCCCUUCCACGCCAACGCCAGUGCGCCCUCGACGUCCGAGGCGAAGGCGAAGACCCCCAGUGGCUUCGACUACGAGCAGUUCUACGCCACGGAGCUCGAGAAAAAGCACCAGGACGCGUCGUACCGCUACUUCAACAACAUCAACCGCAUGGCCGGCAAGUUCCCGAUCGCCCACACCGGAGACCCGAAGGACGAGGUCGAGGUUUGGUGCGCGAACGACUACCUCGGAAUGGGCAACAACCCGGUCGUGCUCGAGACGAUGCACCGCACCCUCGAUACUUACGGACAUGGUGCGGGCGGUACUCGUAACAUCGCCGGCAACACGGGCAUGCACCUCGCGCUCGAGGCCGAAGUCGCCUCCCUCCAUCGCAAGCCCGCCGCGCUCGUCUUCUCGUCCUGCUACGUCGCGAACGAUGCUACGCUCGCGACCUUGGGCCAGAAGCUCCCCGGCAUGAUCUACUUCUCUGAUGUCAUGAACCACGCGUCCAUGAUCCAGGGCAUGCGUCACUCGGGCGCGAAGCGUGUCAUCUUCAAGCACAACGACUUGGAGGACCUGGAGAUGAAGCUCGCUCAGUACCCCAAGGAGACGCCAAAGGUCAUCGCUUUCGAGAGCGUCUACUCCAUGUGCGGCAGCGUCGGUCCCAUCAAGGAGAUUUGUGACCUCGCGGAGCGGUACGGCGCCCUCACCUUCCUCGACGAGGUCCACGCUGUCGGUCUCUACGGACCUCGCGGCGCUGGUGUCGCCGAGCACCUUGAUUACGAGGCGCACAAACGCGCGGGUCAGAGCCCCGACCCUAUUCCAGGCACCGUCAUGGACCGUGUGGACAUCAUCACUGGCACGCUCGGCAAGGCUUAUGGCGCGGUUGGUGGUUAUAUUGCCGGCUCUAACGACUUCGUCGACAUGAUUAGGUCGUACGCUUCCGGUUUCAUCUUCACCACGUCGCUGCCACCAUCGAACAUGGCGGGUGCUCGCGCCAGUAUCUCGUACCAAAAGGAGUACAACGGCGACCGCCAGCUCAAGCAGAUCAACGUCCGCGACCUUAAGUCCCGCUUUGAGAAGCUCGACAUCCCCGUCGUUCCCGGCCCCUCGCACAUCGUUCCAGUACUCAUCGGGGACCCCGCUCUCGCGCGUCUGGCGUCGGACACGCUCCUCGAGAAGCACAACGUCUACGUCCAGGCCAUCAACUACCCCACCGUCGCCCGCGGCGAGGAGCGUCUGCGCUUUACCGUUACCCCCGGCCACAACCAGGAGCAGAUCACUCGCCUCGCUUCCGCUGUCGACAGCGUCUUCACCGAGCUCGGUAUCAAGCGCACCUCGGACUGGCGCAAGGAGGGCGGCCGUGCCAACGUCGGUAUGGCGAACCCUGAGCCCGUCGUCCCCGUCUGGUCCGACGCGCAACUCGGUCUCCUCAACGGCACCGCGCCCAAGCAGCUCCACACCGGUCAGCGCCCCGUCAUCAGCAAACAGGCCGUCACCAUCACGCGCGAGAAGUUCGACGACCUCCUCGGUCCGUACGUUGGCCCCGCCGAGCCCGUCGCACCUCUCCCCAAGGAGAUCCCGUCGGUAAACACUAUCACUGCGUCGAUCCCUGCGGCCGUCGCGGCUGCCACCGCCUGA